AUGCCGGUUGAAAAUCCCCCAAGCACCACCAUGGCUGCCUCUCACUCGACGCUUCCCAUAUCUCAACCCGAAGCAUUUCUAAAGCCUUCCUCUCUUCUAUAUUCAGACUCAGUGGCCGCGGCAAAGGGAUACCUUGAUUCUCUCACACAAGACCUGAGACAAGAGCAACAGCGUGGACAAAAACGAAAACAGCGAACUCCCGCUCCACAGCUCCACCAACUCCAUGUGAACGGCUUCAGUCACAAUCAGAUUUGGGAACAAGCAAAGCGUAUUCUGGAUUCAGCAUUGACUAUAUCCUCGCGUGAUAUUGACCGAUUCCAUGCGCAAAGCACCGUUUCCUCCAGACCUUCAAAACGAAAAGCAUCCGAAGACGAUUCUGCGGAAAGUGCGGAUAGUUUGAGUGAUGACGCUGAGGCGGAAAUCGGCGAGGACGAUGAAGAUGGCGAAGAGGAAAUGUUGGAUCUCGACGCUUCAGAAGAUGAGGAUGCCGAGGGAGUUGACGUUGGUGAAGGUGGUAGUGAAAUACUACCCGAGGAGGACGAAGACGAGAUGAUGGAGGGCGAUGUAUCCUCGCGGCCCACUAAAAAGUCGAAAACGGACCCCCAUGGGCUUAACGAUGGCUUCUUCUCGAUAGACGAAUUCAAUAAGCAAUCAGCCUUCUUCGAGAAUCAGGAUGCUAGACGCCCGCACACCAAUGAAGUUUCCAGUGAUGAAGAGGACAUCGACUGGGACGCAGACCCCCUUGCCCUUGGAGAUAUGCCCGACGGAGAGGACGAAGAUGAGGACGAAGAUGAAGAAAACGAGGAUGCGAGUGGGGACGAAGAAGACCCUGAUAUGGGAAUGGAUGACGGCGAUUCCAAUCCUGAUGACGAUGAUAUGGAAUUAGACGGUGACGACGGCCGCCAGGCUAGAUAUGAGGACUUUUUCGACCCUCCAACAAACGCAAAGAAACCAAAACCAAAACCUGCCCAGACCCAGCAAGACCUGGAUGCAGACAUUGAUCGAGCCAUGGCGAAUGUGCGAAGAGAUUUGUUUGACGACGAUGAAAUGAGCGAGGAAAACGAUGGCGCUGACGGUAAAAGUUCGAAAAACAUGUCUACCCAUGAAAAACGACGGGCACAAAUUGCGGAUGAAAUCCGUCGCCUUGAAGCUGGUAAUGUUGCAAAGAAAGACUGGACAUUAAUGGGAGAAGCCCAGAGCAACGCAAGACCGUUUAACUCGUUGAUCGAAGAAGAUCUGGAGUUUGAACGUGUUGGGAAGCCAGUGCCUAUAAUCACAACCGAGGUCAGCAAUGAUAUAGAAUCGCUCAUCAAACGCAGAAUCGUCACUAAGGAGUUCGACGACAUCAUCCGCCGCCGACCGCUCGCCAUCGGCGAACAUGGCAACGCCCCCAAGCGGAAGUUUGAACUAGACGAGACGAAACCACAGCACAGUCUAGCAGAAAUGUAUGAAGCAGACCAUUUACGUUCGACCGAUCCUGCGUUCCUUGAUAAGGGCGCCGAGAAGCUACGAAAAGAGCAUAACGAGGUUAUUCAGUUAUGGGAGCAAAUCAGUUCUCAGCUGGACACUCUUUCGAACUGGCACUUCAAGCCCAGGAAGGCCCAGAUUGAUCUCAAUGUGGUGUCCAACGUUGAUACGAUAUUCAUGGAAGACGCUCAACCAACUACUCGCGCUGACUCUGGCGCUGCAUCUGGAGGCAUGGCUCCUCACGAGAUAUACAACCCUGGAGAAACCAGGACACCGGGCGAGAUCAAACUGAAGAGCGGCGCAUCGCUGGCCAAGGACGAGCUAGGCAAGGAGGCUAAACUCCGACACCGCAGACGCCGUGAUGCGCAAAAGAAAAGGAAGAGGGAGUCGCAGGCAGCGGCCAGCAAGCCUGACACUGCAUCAGCUAAGAAGCAGCAGGUUGUGUCCAGCUUGAAGAAGGGAGGAGUCAAGGUCAUUGGGAAGGGCGGUAACUUGACCGAUGUACAAGGGAACGAAGUCCGUGAGACCGGCUCCAAAGGCCGUGAGAACCUAAAACUGUGA